UUCACCACCACACCUUCUAUCACCACCUUCCUGUCACCACCACCACCACCACCACCGUCACCAUGAGAAGUGUUACAGUCCUCGUCCUCGCUGGCCUCUCUGUCUUCGCCGCUGCCCGCCCGGAGACGACCUUCAGCCAUGAGACGGACGACUCCCACCACGAGCAGCUUAUAGACGACGACAACAUCAUCAGCGGGUCGUACCGGUGGACGUCCCCCGAGGGCCUGGAGCUCUUCGUGCGGUACGUGGCUGACAAGGACGGCUUCCGGAUCGUGGAGUCCAACGUGGUCCCCGCCUCCAGCCUGGGCGUGCUUGCCGAUGGCCAGCAGGGCGCCUUCGGGGACUCGCUGGAGGAGGCCGACGAUGACGAUGAUGCUGAUGAUUCUGAUGAUGAUGAUGACUUCGAGGACAGGUUCGAGGUGGACGAUGACUUCCACCUUUAAAUGACCUGUAAAUGAUCUGUAAAUUGCCUGUAAAUGGCCUGUAAAUGACCUGUAAAUGGCCUGUAAAUGACCUGUAAGUGGCCUGUAAAUGACCUGUAAGAAGCGGCCUGUUAAUGACCUGUAAGUGGCCUGUAGAUGACCUGUAAAUGACCUGCAAAUGACCUGUAAAUGGCCUGUAAAUGACCUGUAAAUGAC